AAGAGAAGGCUUUUAUCGAGGCGGAAGUCUUUGGACUCCCCUGGAAUGGAGAAAGAACAUCUGGCUGAAGCUGAGAUCCAGAGACUGCAGAAACAGCUUCAGAUAGCAGCGAAGAAGAGGCAAUCUUAUGGUGAAAACGUGAAGCGCCAAAUGCAGGCUCAGGAGAAAGAAGUAGAGUCGCUGACUGAAGAACACAAAGAGGUGUUAUUAACACUGAAGCAGAUCACCUCCCAGAGAAAUGUGAUGCUGGAUGACAGAAAUCGCAAGGAGAUCCAGUGCCUUUUGCAGACCAAAUGCCAGUAUGAUUCUCUGAUUAGAGAGAGAAGAGCCCUGUUAGCUGACCUGGACAACCAGAUAUUAGAGCUAGAAAAAAAGAUUGCGAAUCAAAACCCGAUUGCAGUGAAGGCAAGGCAAGCGAAGAACAGCCAACGGCUGCAAAAGCAGAUUGAGACACUGGAGAAACGUCUAAACCAUGUCACCGUCCGUUACGAUACCAUCAUGACCCAGAAUAGAGAGCUCCAAGAGGAGGUCAAAAGCCUGCGAAUUCGGAAGGCUGUUUUGGACAACUUCUGCUUGAAGCUCCAUGAGAAGCUGAAUCAACAGAGGAGAAGGAUGAACGCUGCCAUUGAGCGAACUGCAGAAGCCUGCAAUCAGCGGUCGGAGAAUCUGACAAGGAUUGCAGAGAUGAAUAAAAGGCGCAACCAAGAAAUUAUCCAGUACAAUAUUGAGCUACAGCAGCGGAAACUUGACCGCAACCCGGAGUCCAAACUGAAAACCUUCAUGUUCACCAAGUUGACAGAUAGCUCUGAACGGGAGGAACAGGCCAAAAAGAGAAAAGCCUUGAAGGCAGCCCAGCGUGCAGAGGAGAUCGAAGGGGAGA